AUGUCGCCGCACAAAACAAGACCAGCCAGCCUCCUAGAGCGAACCAAUCACAAGCAGCAGCUUGACCCAGCAGAGGCAAAAUUCGCGGACAUGGAGAAGACAUCAAAUACAACAGAGCAGGCGAAUGAGGCGGCGAAGAAGAGGAUCUACAACCUCGAAAAGCGCGUCUGGCACGGCAUUCAUGGCGAUGCCUUCAGUGCGGAGGAGAUGCAGCUAGCUGUUAAGGAGCCGGGCUGGGACGUAAAAGCACCAUUGAAAGACGUGCAAUUGGGGGCCUCUAAUGACGCAUACACGAUCCUCCAUUCUAUCCGUAGGAUUCAGCAGGACUUGAUUGACGCGAACGAAAGGAACAAAGGACUAAGCAAUGCGCUCGAGGUAACUACAACUGCCAAGGCAGACGUGGACACCAUUAUCGGCAAACACAUAUGCAACCUUAUGGUCGUCUUCCGCAUGAAUGCCAGCUUAGCCGACAAACUCGAAGCCAGCUUGUUGGAAGCCAAGCGCAACUUACCAUUUAGUAAGUAG